AUGCCUCGAAUGCCUCCAUUUAAAGCUCCUGAGACUGGUCAGACAACACUGUCGUUCGGUGGACCUCGCCGUCACCCAGGACCCCAUAUUACAGCACUAUCCCCGCCUCCUACCCCUCCGCGAAUCCCGAGUUCUACACUCCAAUCAGGAGGCCCAAAUGAGAGCGCUAUUGUCCGUGAAUUCCAAGCAAUUGCUGCAAGUUCUGGCAUUACGAAUGAGGCCAAUUCUGACAUAGAAACUGGCCUAGUUCGGAUGAGAAAAUCAUAUACUCGGGAGCAAAAACUACGUGCAAUUCAAUACGCCACAACAACUAUGGUGAUUCGAAAUGGAAAGGCUCAAAUCAUCAGUCGAUACGAGGCGUCAGGAAAGCUUGGAAUUACUCCAAUAAUGCUUAAGAAAUGGAUUGAAAGUAAGGAGACAAUUGCUAGUCAAAAUAAGGCUUCUAGGAGGGCAAAAUUUAAAGUACAACUUGGCCAGGAACCUGAAAUGGAAAAACACCUCGUUGAGUUAUUUACAUCUGCUCGUGCAUCAGGAUGA